AUGCUCACAGCAGUAACAAAUGCAACGGGAAAUUCGGCUGGUGCAAAACUGAGGUGCUUGUACACGAAUGCCCAAAGCCUCAUGUCGAAACUAGACGAACUAAAACUUUGCCUUGUUGAGCUGUCUCCAGAUGUUUUAGCAGUAACUGAGACCUGGCUGUCCGGGAAUAUUAGCGAUAACGAAGUAGCCUUGCCUGGAUACCAAAUUUAUCGGAGGGACAGGGAACAUCGUCAGGGUGGUGGUAUCGUUGUGUAUGUGAAUGACGGUCUGAAAGUGUCGGAUAACACCACCAAGUUUGCGUGCAGUACGGAAGCUAUCUGGUUGACCAUCAAGGCUACCGGUUCCCCGUGUCUCGAUGUCCUCACUGUUUACCGACCACCUAGGACAGACCGAAUCGCCGACACUCAACUAUUGGAGCAGUUGGAUAAAUUUUCCAGUCGACCUAACAUCAUGAUCAUGGGCGACUUCAACGCACCAGGAACAAACUGGAAUACCCUCCAAGCGUCAGGUCCAAAAUCGGCAUUCAAUUACCGCCUGUUGAGCAAGACAUUAAAUGCGUGCCUCACACAACAUGUAAUGUUCCCAACGAGAACACGUGAAGGACAAAGGGCAAACUGCCUGGAUCUGGUCUUUACGAAAACACCAGACAGCAUAGACGAGAUCACCUCCUUGCCGCCCCUUGGCCGAAGUGACCACGUAGUGCUUAUGUGGGAUUAUUCGUUAUUCUCCAUUUCACAUACUCCAGACCACAAAAGGCGUAAUGUUUGGCGGGGCGACUUCAGUCAGAUGAGGGCAGACUUAUCCGGUCUUGACUGGGGCUCUUUGUUUACGGGAAGUGCCAACGAUGACUGGGAGCUGUUCAAGAAUGUCCUUCUGCAGCUCAUCAACAACCACUGCCCACUGACUAGUGUAAGACUGAACAAACGCCCUGGGUGGCUAAAUAGCAACCUCAAGAAAGAAAUCAACAGGAAGCACAAAUUGUGGAGAAAAUACCGCGUCACUAGACAAGCUGAAUGCUUCAACACCUACAAGACACAGAGGAACAAACUGAGGAAGUUGAUAAUGCAGACGCGGCGGGAAUUCGAGAAGAACUUGUUACAAAAAGCAACGCAGGACACAAAAUUGCUCUACAGCUACCUCCGACGAACUACAAGGAACAGGCAUCAAAUCCCCUUGAUAAAGACUACUGAUGGCGUUGAGAUCGCUGAUAGUAGGGAUAAAGCUGCGUAUUUUUCACGGUUUUUCCAAUCAGUCUACAAAAACGAGGCAAGGUUCCUUCCUCCCUCCACAGAAGAACUGCCGACUCCAAGCGUCAGUGAUAUACUCUUCUCAGAAGGCAUUGUCCGACGAGAAUUAGAGGCAUUGAACGAAUCGAAGUCGACAGGACCAGACGAGAUUCCAUCCAAGCUUCUGAAGGAACUUGCCAGUGAGCUCUCUGUGCCUUUGUCGAUGCUCUUUCAAACGUCAUUUGACACUGGAACACUUCCUGUCGAUUGGAAGCUGGCGCAUAUUACUCCGCUACACAAAGGAGGUAACAGGGCAGCGACGACAAAUUACCGGCCCGUAAGCUUGACAUGCAUUCUCUGCAAAGUGAUGGAAAGGAUCAUAAAGACUGAACUGAUGCAAUUCCUGGAAGUUCACGGCCUGCUAUCGAAAUGCCAACAUGGGUUCCGAAAAGGAAGAUCCUGCACGACAAACCUACUGCAAUCUCUCCAGAGCUGGACCCAAGCUCUCGGCGACAAGCACGCGGUCCACAUAGCCUUCAUCGACUUCCAGAUGGCGUUCGACACUGUGCCACACCAAAGGCUCUUACAUUAACUGAAAAAAAUAGGGAUCGGUGGCAACUUCCUUAAAUGGAUCGAAAACUUCCUUGUGGGUCGACAGCAGGUUGUGUGCGUUGGUCGGGGAAAAUCAGAUCCGGCUAUGGUCGAUAGUGGUGUCCCCCAGGGUUCAGUUCUGGGACCCAUUUUGUUCCUUAUCUACGUGGACGAUGCCGCAGGAGAUUUGGACUGUGAAGUAGCAAUGUUUGCGGAUGACAUGAAGAUAUGGAGUGUAAUUCGGAGUCCUGCCGAUGAAGACAGACUGCAGAUGAACCUGAAUCGGUUGGAGGAGUGGUCAAACCGUUGGCUCCUGCGGUUCAACGUUGCCAAAUGCAGCAUACUUCGCCUAGGCAACACAGCCAGAUCCGCCAGCACAAGAGGCUACUUUCUGGGCGGUGCAGCCCUACAAGAGGUCAAAGCGCAAAGGGACCUCCGUGUGCUGACGACCAGUUCCCUAAAACCAUCCGCCCACUGUUCGAGGGUGGCAAAAACCGCAAUGUCCGUACUGUACGCCAUCAAGCGUGCGUUUAUGGACUUUGAUGAAGAAGCUUUCUCUAAGACAUUCGGAACAUUCGUCCGGCCGCAUUUAGAGUACGGCAUACAAGCUUGGAGGCCGUUGGCUGUUGUGGAUCAAAACUGCCUCGAGAGAGUCCAGAGGAGAGCCACGAAAAUGGUUAGGGGUCAAAGCUCCUUUCCUUAUGUGACCCGCCUAGUAAAUCUGAACCUCUUUCCAUUGAGUUACAGGCAACUUCGCAGAGAUCUGUUGCAAGCCUUCCGCAUUGUAAAGGGGUUGGAUUGCAGUCUGGCCUUCGAUGACUUUUUUGAAUUUGCUACCACGACCAACCUCCGAGGUCACCCGUUAAAACUGCGCACUCAGCAGGCACGGCUGGAUGUGCGGAAGUUCUCCUUCUCGGUCCGGGUGGUCAAACCAUGGAAUGACCUUCCCGCAGAUGUUGUGAUGUCACCAUCUAUACAAAGUUUUAAGAAGAAUCUGGACAUAUUUAUGUUCCGAAAUGACCAAGAGCGAUGAGAAGUCGAGCUCACCCCCCUGUAACUCCUUCUCAUUUUGUCCCACCAUUACGGGCAUGUUCGAACUAUUUCAGCCCAGAACAUCUAUCUGUACACCACACAUUUUUUACGUUGCAAAUAGGGUACUCAAAGGCUUACGCCUAUUUCCCUCAAUAAACUGAACUGAACUGAACUGAACUAUUUAGUGACUAUCCGGCAUUUAGAACAUAAAUUUUGAAAGGAAAGGCUGUUUGUUUCUGAGGGAGGUGGGCUACGUCGUCCAGUGCUGGCUGCCCAUGGAACGCAUUGUCUGAAUGCACCCAUCCGGUUCUGCAAAAUGUUGUGUCAUGAAAAAUUUCUGACGCAGAUAAAGGGGAGUGGGGAUUUGUGGGAGGAAAUGGCGAGCAGGGUAACUGGGGCCCAUUGUUAUCUAGCUCAUUUUCGGCUUGAAAUCCACGUGCGGGAUACUGUACCUUAUUCCCGCCCGAGCGAGACAGAGGGGCGGAUGAGUUAACUGUCCCAGAAUGGACACUAGCAUGAAGAAUGCAUUAGUAAAACUGCCGUGGAUGAAAAAUGAUUGGGGGUGGGAACGCACUGCUUCUAUUGGAGCAAGAAUUCUAUUAAAAGGCGGGAAUAUCGGCAUAUUCGGCCUAACCGUCAUCGUUUGCGGACAACAAAACACCAAUAUAUCUGCUUGGAGAUGGUCUCCAGCUAUUGUGUAAUAAAUCAAAUUUUUCUCGAACUUUCCUUAAUGUGAACUCCCAAAUAUGUGCAACGGAUAUCAGUGAAUAUUGUUGAUGUUCUUAGAGAUUUAUGGUAACAAGAUGGGUUGAAAACGUUAGACUUAUCCUCCUUAACUUACAGGCACUUCUGUUGUAUCCCGCUGUGGACGUUCUGGAAUGUCUGCGGCAAUGGUUGUUCGCCGAGAUCUUGAAAUACUUUUAGUUUACAUACACAGCUUGACUGGAGGUUCAACUUGCGGCAAAUUCUUGAACGUCAGUAAAGUUGUCCAGUACAAACUGCCUUCCCUGACAUCUGAUUUGGGAAUCAUUGUAUUGUCGGCAAUGACCCUAUGCCUGAAUUUCGUUUGAUGAAACAUGUAGAGUUCACAGAUUCGCACGAAAUUUCCAACCUCCGAUGGCAAUGUUAAUAUCGUAAAUGACAUCAUUAUUCAGGGAGGUAUAGUGCUAGAAUUAUGCUACUCGGGGGUAAAAACUAGCGAACAACUCAUUGAUCUUCAAUUUUGGUUUCCCUUGUUUUAAUAAGCGAAGCAUAUUUUUGUGGUCUGUAGUCGAAUCCUGGUUAAUUUCGUGUUUUUCUAAUUCUGCUUGUCUUUGGAUUUUACAUUUACAUCCACGUUUCCUAUUUUGCUGUGUGCUGUCCUUCUAUCGUACAUCUAAAACGAUUCCAACAUCCCGCGUGCACAUCGCCUUUCUACACAGAUUUGACUCCAACAAGGACCGUAUAUAUAUAUAUCAAAUAUUGCUUCGAAGUGUAUACUUAUAUUCACGUUUUGCGCUCAUAUAAGCUUUUAGCGUUUUAAGCCGAUGACUGCGACUACUGUAUUUAUCGUAAGUCUGCGCGGAAAUCUCUUAUAAGCAUUCCACUUUGCGGAAAGAAUGGACUGCAGCCUCACCUUAGAGGACUUUUGAAUCCGCUACCCUGACGAACCUCUGGUGUAGCCCGUUCAAACUGCAUAUUCAGCAGGCAAAGCUGGUUGUGUGCAAGUUCCCAUUCUCUCUCAAAAUGGUCAAACCACGGAAUGCUAUCUCCGCACACGUUGUGGUGUCAGCAUCGACGCAAAUGUUUACGAGGAACCUUGAUAUAUUUAUGUUACGAAAUGAAAAAGAGCGAAAAGAGAUUGAGCUCUCCCCCUCCCUAAUUGCAAAAAGGGCUCUGAACGCGCUCGCACAGAGCUCAUUUCUCGAGCUGCGCGAGCUUUAUUUGAAUUCUGAUGUGAUCGUUGAUCCGAGCUUGCUCGGAGCUCGCUAAAACGAGCCCUAAACGAGCUCUGGGAAACGGGCUUCCGACCUCCUUCCGAGCUUGAGCCGAGCUCGAAAAAACGAGCUUCUCGGCUUACUCAGUGAGGUGUCCCCUUCACCAUACUGCCUUAUCGCCCUUAAUUUUCUCCUCACCAAGACCUCGUAAAGAAAUCAAAGCAUUACAUUUCAACAGAAAAAGUUGUCUGUUAGUAAAAAAAAACUAUGAGACAUCUGUGGGCUCUUAUAAUACUCUACGGCAGUCGGUCCCCUUGUUGGGUGCCCGAUUCGUCCAUUGUGGAAGGCCUACAAGGGAAACACUUCACAAGUGUAAAUGAACACAACCUUGCCUAUUAUAACCAUUGCGAUUUAUUAGUAACACAAACAUAUCAUAAAUCACCACUUCUUGGUCGGCUCCUGGAAGCCCAUGGCACUUCUUUUGAUAACGGCUCUCCGUUUUAUCACUAUACAAGGCAUCAGGUUUCAUUCCUCACCCGCCUAGGUGAAAUAACUUACACGACUUCGUUAAGCGUAUAUUCGCUGCGCUUCUUGAGGACGAGAUUAAUCUCCACGUGAACGUAAAGGAGCGUAAACUAAAAGACAGCCUCAGUCAGUCGGAGGUUGAUAAUGUCAUAUUGGGCAAGUAUGCAGUUUAGUGUCCCACUGUCUAUAUAUGUAGAUAUUUUCGCCGUUUAGAACAGUACUGCCACUGCCAGGCUAUCUGAUCUGGAGUCUGAACUCACGAAGCAAUCCAAACGGUCGUCAGACAAUUGUGCCCAACGGAUUCAAAAGAACGGCAACAGGACUAUCCGGAUAGCUGAAUUAACUUCAAGGUUUAUAUGCUUAAUUCUGUCCUAUAGAAAACAAUCCGGAAUGUUCGACGAGAGAUCUAUCUUCAUCCUCGCAAGCGCCACCAAUGAAUCAAAUUUUUUAAUUCAGUUAAUUCAACAAAAUUUUUCCAUAUAGGUUGUCUUCAAAAUUAUUGACCGCGGCUGGCAUAGUUACGUCAAUUUCGUCGUUCAUCUACACGUACAAUGGCGGGCUAAGUAGGGCAGGAAUGGUAUGACAAAGGCAAUUUAAAAGUGAUAGAAUAACGUACGGGUAUUGGGUUAAGUAAAUGCAACGCAUGCAGUGCCUAACGUCUCGCUAUCGCCGUUCCUGGAGUAUGUUGGAAAACAUAUAUCUACUUGUUAUCUUAACAGCGGACAAAAUCGACAUCAACUCGAUAUAAAUAUUCCGGAAAAUACAUAUCUACUCGAUAUCAUUUCGACAAAGUUUGGUACUGUGGUGUCUUUUAGAAGUGUUUUUCAGUGCUUUUUCUAGUUUUUGUUGGUCCGACUUAUGGUCCCUUUUCUAUAUACUGAAAACCUCUGAAAUGCAUUUUUUUCAAUUCAAUUCAAUUAUUUUAUUAAAGACCCGUCGGGGUCCCAUCAAAGCAAGUAAAAAUAAAUUUACAUGCAAAUUUUAGACGAUGUAGGCAAAAUCUGCACAAAGUGCAAUGCAUAGUUUUUGAGAUUAGAAGUCCGUUAAGCAAAAUGAAAAUUAUACAAAGCACAAAUAUUACCCGGGAUGACCGCGUAGAUUGGAGGUUCAAGUAAACCCCGACUGCCCUCUUUCCAUCCAUAGAAGAUUAUAAAUUUGCUACAUCUUCUGUGAAGAAGGCGAAUAAUAUUCUUUCAGCAAAUCCUGCCAUAUUUUCACCUCCCAUUGAGCACAAAAAGGAGACACCAUUUAGCAAACGCAGUCUGUACGUUGCAUCUGCUACUGCCGUCGUCAGUUCCUCGUAGGCACACAUUGUAUCGAUACGUUGCACAUUAUGCCCUUCAUUUGCUGCCGGCUGCAAUGCCGCUGCUGUCAGACGUUGAACCUCCUGGCGAAGGACCGAGUUUCUGCUUUCUGUUCACUGAGCUUGAACAGUAUCUGGUAAAGGGCUUCAAUCAUCCACUGCGGCCGCACAUUUUGCUUAUGAUGUCUACGUUCAGACUGUGAACGGCUGUGAUGACGCCGUUUAAGUCUAGGUGUAAUCAUCCUCGGCGCCUGAUUUAAAACAAGCGUAUAAGCAAAGGAAUAGCUUACUGGUAUACCUGAAAGCUAAUCCCCUGGCAAUGUAACGCUUGAGUCGUCAUCUGUGGACGAUACCUAAAAGGUAAAUUUGUCAUUUGUUUUUCUAAACCUUGCCGAUGAGGACGAAGGGGACCGAACGUUUCCGGACACCGAACUGGGACCCUCGUACUUAUUGUUUGGCUUACUGUUGCAAUGUGGUCUGUCGCAAAUACUAAUCUGUAACCCAUCAGGAUAAGGUAAGCAAUUAUCAGAGUGAAUCCCAUGCAAACUCCCACUAUACCCCUUCACCAAUUGCAAAUCAGUAAUUAAGGGACUGUUGGGCUGUAGCAUUCGCAGGAGGUGACCGUUUCGCGGUUGUAAUAUCACUGAGGCCAGUAAUUGAUAAGGAAAAUGCGAGGUAAGACAGUCGUCAGACGUAUUUAACCAUCAACCGAUAAGCUUCUGAGCCGCCUCACCGUUUGCAAAGCCCCAACGCCCACCAAUUUCAAUAAGGACGAAGUCAUCCUGCAUGGGAUAGCACGCAUGCUUCUGCACCGUGGGUGGCAAAGGGCAGCUGUGAUUGUCAUUCUCCAGCCUACACUUUAAAACCCUUAUUUUGGAGGACUGAAUACCAUAGUAGAAGCAGUCUUCUGCGUUAUAUAACUCCAGGUAAACCAACUCAGUCUCACCUGAGGCAUAAGGUACUAUAUUUCUAACACUAGCUAAUUCCUCAUCUAUGUCCACAGAGCCCUCACCGAGUGUAGUAACACUGACAAAUUUGCCUUUCUGAACACAUUUCAAUUGCGAAACUAAACCACCACGCAGUGGAAGUGCACCACCCACAUGUUGCUGCCUGCCCGUCCACUGUGUAGGAAGGUAGAUGCCGCGAGCCACACGCUGCAGUUCGUCUAAUCUACGAACUGCUUGUUGCAGCGUUUGCGAUGGAUUCCUAAGCAAGCGCUUGAGACUACCGAGGUAUAUUUCGAAAGGUAAGGAUGAAAAACUAUCUAGCGGACUAUGUCGUGAAACACCGUCUACAAAGUGCUCAAUGCUUUGAACAUUGUACACCAUUUCAACCUUCCCAUAUAACGAGGAAAAUCUAUCCGCAAUCAUUCGCAAUAAACGGCUACAGAAGUGAGCCCAUUACCUGUACGAACGUGGGCGUACUAAGCAACAUAUUGCAGUGAACAGCAAUAAGAACAACUACGCCCGUGUGCAGCAAGAAUUGGAGCAGUUUCGUGCCCUUCCACAUGUCCAUGUCUCCUAAUAAACUAGCGCGCGUAAAUUACUAUUAGAAGCAGAAACUGCUGAUGCUGACAGUCUGUACGCACAGCUGUGAUUCGAACCACGUUUGGAUUAUUUCAAACCACAUGCUCUUUAUGCACACCGCCAUUAAUUUUACUUUGCGAAUAAAGUACCCAAAGGUUCAGCCUACUUCCUUAAAUAAACUGAACUGAAUUUUCACGUUCCUGGGAAACUUUAGCAGGAGGCAAGCAGAGCGGCUUAAAGGGCUCCAACCAAGCAGUCUAAAUGCUAAGCGUAGCUUUGUCGGUUGCCCUAGUCAAGACAGUGGUAACAUGCCGCGAACUCCCCAAGGCCCUGGGAUGUCCAUUUUUCAAAACAUGGACCAAUUUUGGUCUUCGCGUUGCGAAUCGCGGCCUGGACGUGUGGGAGUUUCCCCUGUGGUGGGCGGCAGGCAACAGCACUUUUGCUCCCUGCUGUCUUGCGGCCCACUGUCAACACAGAUUUAUUACAUUCUCUUAACCACUGCAGCAUAAAUAACCUUGCCUAAUAUGUUGCACUACUGCCGCUGCUUCUGAUUCUCUGAUAGGAGUCUUUAGCCGAUAGUAUUUUACUAUCGAAAGUUGUGUCUGAAUUCUAGCGCUUUAUCUAAUUCCAAACGUCAUUUGUUGGAAGCUUGUAUAUUUGGUUUUUAUGGCCCACGAUAUUUGUUUUAUAUUGUGGGCCAUGAAAACCAAAUAUAAAAGCUUCCAACAAAUAACGUUUCGAACUACAUAAAGCGCUAGAAUUCAGACAUUACUUUCGAUUGAAAAAUACUAUCGGCUUAGCUAUAGACGGUUUACCCAUAGUCGCAACUAUAGGUAAACCGUCUAUAGCUACGUUAACCACUAUAUAAUCGAUCUCUGAAAUAAAACGAAGUCGUUAGCGUUAACGUAUUCCUCACUAUUCAUGAGGCCUGCUUGUAGGGCAUACGAUGCCUUAAGAAGCGUCCGAGAACCUGUAGGGAAGUGCGAUGCAACUGGCCUGAAUAUUUAUAGAAGGCUGCUUAAGUGAUAUUGCCCAAUAUUGGACUGUGGAGCCCAGUUACGCAACCGAUCUUGUACAUCAACGUGCGUCCGCAAUUUUCCAGUGACGAUGAUGCUAUCUGCGCAUAGUCAUAUGACUAUCCCCGCUACAGACAGCAGCCUCAAAUGAUGGUGACGGCCUGAUGCUUUCACGUUCCCCGAAACCAAGGUCUAACAAGCCCUCAAACGACGUCUCUCUCCCACAUUCCUCUAGUAGUGAACGGUCUAUAAUUCUGGUCCGCUUGUUUCUGUGAACAAAGUGCCCUGCUUCCUUGUCUGCGGAAACAUUGCGUCUACAUUAUUCUUCACACGUAACCGAAUUAGGCGUUCACGUUCUUUUCCAGCAUUUCAGACAAAGUUCGAGGGCAAAAUUUACAAUGAAAAUGGUAAAUAGUAAAGCACAUUAGACCACCUUCGGGCACAUACCUCACGCUACACUCAUGCAAGUGUCGGCUUUGGCGUGCGCGCACCGUGGGGGCGUGAGAAAUGAAGGCAACCAGUGAUUGCGGGUAUGGUACAACCAUGUAGUUCAAUCAGACAGCGCAAUACUCUUAUAGCAGUAAGUCGCGACAAAAUCGCAUGUAGUCACUAUACGAUGCUACUAGGACCGUGCAUCGGUUGCUGCUCAGAGGAUGCAUCUGAUAGAGGGAUGGAAAAACGCAAAAAAGACCCGGGAAAGCACGACGGCCUGGACUGUGCCUAUUUGUGCCAACCUUGGAUGCCCGUACAAAGAGGUUGUGUAGCUCCCUUUAGAAGUUAUCCUCCGCAUCAUGACUUGCUGAAGGCGACAGGGCUGUAGCCGUUCGCGAUCGAGAGUACUUUCACCCCCUGCUCACUGUUGUGCUCGUACUUGGUGCAACCGUGAUCAUGCCUGAUUCUACGAUCGUUGAUUAUACGUGGAAGCAGGAAGUAAUGGGCUGAUGAUGUCACGUUUAAUGAUAAGGGCGACCCCACCAUCUCAUCUUUUUUCCUUUUGAUGACAACUUCCAGGGAAGGUUUGUCCUGCACUUCCCUCAUAUACUUGGGCACUGUUCAGGUUCUGCCGUUCACUUCGUAAGUAACCUAAGAUUUCUUCCUGUCCGGUCAACCGACCAUCAGGUUUUAUAGAAGGAUACGAGUAUUUCGGCUUCCCAGACUGACUGAAGUCACUGUACGAGAAAAGUAUGGACACUCUCCGAUUGCUCUUCCUGGACUGCGAGUAUUGUCUUCGUCACCAGCGCACACUAUGAAGUAUACGUUUUUAAGGAACAUUUCCUAAUCAAUAAACAGGGGAGCUUAGAUGUCUCAGACAGCCCGUGCAUCUAUUGCGACCCACGUUGGACAUAAUCAAAAUACCUCAAUCAACCUGAGCCGUCCACAGGACUGCUGUCCUCCUACCUGCAAGACGUGACGACCGUAAUCGCGUUGUGACCGACCCAGCAUAUGGCUUUCUUCUGACGUGUCAUACGUAACCAGAGAUCGCGCGUUUUUAUAGAGAUCACUUUAAGAAAAUGCCUUUGCAGCCUGACCCUCAGUCCGGAGGUUGACCGAGUUCACUUGUACUUGGUGUAGCUGUGAUCAUGCCUAAUCUAGCCGGCCUCGAUUACGUCUGCGGGGGGUAACAGUAUGCGGCAGCGACUACGGACAUCUCGAUCUACUCUCCUUUCCAGCAACGGAAGUCGAGUGUGGAAGGUCCAAUAAUCACUUCAAUGUCUUGAUGAACUGUGUCGAGCCGGGUUCUAAGCUGACCUCCUCUUCGGCGCCUCCAAGUGGACAACGGGGCCAGACUGAGGGCAGCAACACUGAGCUCGUGAGGCGGACGACGAACGUGCCCAAACGACAUUAGUCGUCCAAGAUAGCCUGGAAUAUCCUCGCGAUGUCUACGGACUGCAUCCUUUGAGAAGUCGGUAUUCCUCACUCCACAGAUGGUCCUCAAUCAUCGGCGGUCAGAUACCUGCAGCUUUCGUCUAUCUCCCACGCGCGCAACCCAACUUUCACUACCGUAGACCGAGCUGGUACCUCACCUGGCAUCCUUGCGACUCAUGCAAACGCUCUUGUACUUCUAUGACUUCCUAGAGUUGUAUCACAGGAUUUAUGGAGUCGUCUAUCAGCCAGGCACCUUUGUAUCUGCGGAUGCUCUGCUGUGUACGAACAGCACCGGGGUGCUGUUACUUCCGAGUACAGUUAAUUUGUUGUAACUCGUGUGAUAGCUUGCCAACAUAACAUUGUACAUGUGUUGGGCCGGAGAUGUUCAUAUUGUGGAUACCUACAGUAGAACUAAUAGAGUAACAAUGAGUCCGGAAAAAUCACAUGCCUGAGGCGAAAUUGUCUUUGCGUGUAACCUAUUGACCUUGCUGGAGCCGGGAUCGCGGCGUUUUACCCCGUUCCUCUGGAACCAUUAUUUCCGUCAAAUAGCAACAAUUUUGUGCGGACGCUUCCUCCGUCUUGCAGACCGGCUAGCUCAUCCAAGCUGGUAUAGAGAAUUAGAGAUUCCGAACUUAGAUCGCUGUAUGGCGGAGUGGACCGCCCCCGCACGGCCUUGGUCAGUCCUUCAAGCCGCGUAAAACAGUCCAUAUCCUCACAAACCCCUCAAAUAAUGCUUGUUCUGCUUUAUUCGCCCUCUGUUGAUGCCCGUGUCCAAGUUUACGCACCCACUCACUCAAAUAUGGCUCUGAACACUAACAUCCCGCACGAGGCACCCGUUCCCAGCUUUUCAUAUCUUGCACUUCCAGUUUCUUUGAAACCGUCAACUGAGCAGAAGGCCGGUUUGACUAACACUUUCCCGGCAUUGCCGUCAUAGCCAGCCCCUAGCUUUGCAUAUACUUUUCCUUCAUAUUUUUACUUGUUAUACUCGCCAUGUCCCUUAUAGAAGAGUAUGCCUCCGCGCACUGGAAUGUCGGAUAUAGCCAAGGCAUUCUUAUACUCGUAUGAUCAAACUUUUUUAAAAUCAUCUGGUUUUUAGGUCGCUUCUUGUGGUAGGGAGCUUCUUCGCCCUUUAUGCUUCCGCUAGCUAUACAGACAAACUCCAGCAGGAAUACUGGCGGGAAAGGCGCCGACGAAUGCCUCCUGGACAGGAAACAAAAUAG